AGAGUGUUCGAAGCGCAGGAGAAUCGUACAACAACAAUGAAAUGUUCUCGCGAAAUUUGUCCACUUGAAAUGUAAAAAAUUUACUGCAACAACUGCUUUCAAUCUCGUCAUAUCGGACAUUAAUCCGACCAUGAGAUGUCUCCAAAGUGGGAUAUCUUUAGUGAGAACCUGCAUAUUGCGAGGGUUCUUUUAAUUAUUCUGUGCGCCGCGUGCGGUUGCUGCUCACAAGCGAAGGAUUCACUCAGUGCGCCACGCGAUUUAAGGGUCUUCGUCUUUGAGGAGUCACCGGAGGACAUUGUUACUGAUGAAAAUUAUACUCUUCUGAAGUUUAACAUCUCUUGGCUCCCACCGGAAGCACCUCUUUCCCCAAAAUAUUACAGUAUUUUAAUCAGUUCAGUCGAAAAUGCAGAGAAUACUCAUGACGAUGCAUUGGAUAAUGUCAGUGAUUGCCCACUCGAGGAAAAUAUUUUCCAAACAACGUGGAAUGCAGAACAAACAAGCAUUGUGCUGCCGGAGAACAAAUUUCUCUCCGAAAUUCCAGAACUGACAAUCAGGCCUACAUGCACGUAUGAAAUACAAGUUAUCGCACAGCCGCGGGCUGCUGGAACGUCUAAUACUGCCAAGAUUAACUUUACGGUACCGAACUGUGUAGGGAAGUCUUGCAAUUGUCGAGAUGCUUACGAACAUCUCCCUGUUCCUCAAGUAUACGGAGAAGUUUUAGAGUCUGGGGAGAUUGAAAUCAGAUGGGAAAUAGCUAAGAAUCAUUCCCCCGUGAGUUCGUAUGUAUUGAGUUACGCCGUUCCGCUACUGAUAUCAAAAAAUGAUCUGCCUGUCUACAACAUAUCUAAACUAGUUCAACUGCCUGGCAAUACAUCAAACUACAUUAUGAAUAUUGAUUUGAGCACUUCAAUUUCGUCACCAAUGGGGCAUGCGAUAUUGUUAGCAACUGAGGAUGCGAAUGGAUGUCUCGGGAAACCUUUUGCCUUUUCCAUGAGUGACGAACCUAAAUUGGAGCAGUCUACCAAGAGAAUACGUAAUGUGAGGGGGCCGCUAUACAUCUCAAUCGCAGUCGUGUGUAUAGUGAUCCUAGGAGGAUUGAGUUUCGUCUGCACUCGGAGAUGUGACAAGUAUAAAAUAAUUCUUCCGAGUUCGCCAACAGCAAUUCCCUCGCUGACAGGAAUUUCCGACAGAGUGCAAUGGGUCAAUUCAAUUUUAAAAAAGCACAAUAGUCUGUACAUCCACCGGGAUAACGAGCUCGAGGCUCCGGAAAUCGGAGUGGAUGCAUUCGAAAUAUCCUACGAGAGAUUGAGAAUAUCGAAGGAGCUGGGGAAAGGACAGUUUGGCAGAGUUUAUCUGGGCUAUCUCGAUAAUGAUUUUCCAGUAGCUGUUAAAUUAUCAAAUUCAUCAACGAAAUUCGAUGAGUUGGAGGCACGUCGGCAGCUACUCGAUGAAAUUCAAACGAUGAAACGAGUCGGAUCGCAUUCACAUCUUGUUAAAUUGAUUGGAUGUUGUACACUACCAGAUAAUCCAAUUUGCGUUGUUCUGGAGUACGUGGAGGGGGGUGAUUUGCUGUGUUAUCUGCAUCAAUUGAGGGACACACUAAUCAAAAAAUGCGGGGAUUCACGUCAGCGCGGGCAUCACAAUGAUGCAGACAAUGGAACACCUGAGGUACGGCUUGUUGCGCCAAACUACGUCAAGUACAAUAAUUCAGCGAUACUCAUGUGUAAUCACACAGUCGCACCUGAUGAUCUGCAUAAAGUAGAGUUUAAAAAAGAUGAGCGGAAGAUACUCGAGUAUAUACGAGAUCGUAAAGAGCCGUUUCGUAAAACUGCACCGCCGGGUGUCGACUUUGAACAUUCGCUCGAUGGCAAGACAAUCAAAUUAAAUAAUGUGCGGUAUGAGGCGGCGGGUCUGUACUCCUGCUUAGUGAGCUCCACCCACCCUAUUUAUACUGAGAGUUCUAGUGAAGUCAAGCUGCAGGUGAUAGUACCACAAACGGAAAAUCCCCACAUAACAUUCAAGAAGGAUGUUUACACAGUAGGAGAAGUUCUCGAGGCUAAUUGUACCUCAUCCCCGGCGUAUCCAGUUCCUCAUCUGACAUGGCUCAUAAACGGCAAAGAGGCAGACAUGACACUCGUGACAACUUAUCCCCAUCGUCAACACAAGAGGCCCCUGAUGUCAGCAACCUCGAAACUCGCAAUCAAGGUGUCUGAGCUGCAUGCUGGGGAUAAUGGACGUCUCGAGAUUGCAUGUCAAGCAACAAUACCAGAUUUUCUCAUUCAUAUCAAACAAUACGCUGACAUCAGAAAUAAGACUGUUCCAGUGGACAUAGUCGUGGAACCGACUAAAGCUUCCUCAUCAGCAACUCUUCCUCGUGGGCUAACGCCCCACGACCUCAUCGGCAUACUACGUGAGAUGCUAAAUUUACUCCUCAAUAUCAACAAUAAUGAAGCUAAUAAUCAUAACGUUAUUUAAAUAUACAAAAGCAUAUUAAAUAAUAUAAUAAUGUCAAUUGAUAUAGCAUAUCGUAAUAAAGAAACAAAGCUAUUAAUUUGAGAUCAUUAGCGAUUCCGUCAAGACCUUGGAGGGAGCAAAACCGUGAAAAUGAAAAUUCAAUCAUCGGAGAUAUGGAUUAUCGAUAUUUUUUGGGGGAGUGCCCACGCGGCGGAUGAGAAGCAGACUCUUUCUACUGAAUAAUUAUCGAACAAUUUAAAUAGACAUUAAGUUUGAUGGAAAAAUCUGGGGCAUUUGUCCGGCUCCUGCAAUUAAUAAACUGUUAUUUAUUUAUGCAACUUAUUCCGUUGAUUUUUUUGCAGAGGAAUUAUUACAGAAACAUUUACAAACUAAGGAGUUGCAAAAUAUUUUCUAUCAAACAAUUCUGCACUACAUUCUUUUCUUAAAAGAAAGAGAAAAAGCGCGAUAAAUGUUAAAAUGACCUCAUUACGAGUAUUUUUCAGAAUUUAUGAAUUGUGGUACCUCACAAGUAGUACCAGUCAAUCGACGGAUUGGCAUGCUUUUCCACAGACACCAAAGAGCCCAUUUUGUCAGAAAAUUCUAUUCAAAUGUUUUUUGGAAUCGUUUAUCUUCAGUUAAUCAACUAUUAUUUAUUUAUACAAUUCGUUCUAUUGAGAUAUUUUUUAUAGAAAAUUGACGCAAACAAGUUUAACAAUUAUUUGCAAAAGGAUUAUUGCAGAACCAUUUCCAAACCAAUGAAUUUUGUAUAGAAAGAUUUUAAUCUAUUGAUCA